AUGGCGGACGGCAAGCGCCAGAGCAUCGCGGGCAAGAUCGCGACGCCCAAGGUUGGCCCGAGCAAGGACGUAAUUGACGGGGACUCUAUGCUGUACAAGGCCGUUGGCGCGCGCAUCAAAAUCACUUGUGCCCCCCACAACAAUGUGCUCGAAGGCACCCUCUUUACCACCUGCAACAUCACCAACGCCAUUGCCAUCAACACUGCGCCCGCCCCGCCGAACCCCUCCGCGCCCCUCUCCAGCCAGCCCGGCGACUACCACAUCAUCCCCUUCGCACACAUACUCAGCUUCGAGCUGAUCGGCCCCGGCGAGCGCGUCCCCGAGUCAGGACCCGGCUUCGAUGGCGCGCUGCCGAGCAUCUCCAAGGUAGACUUGGAUGCGAUAAAGGCCAGGGAGGAGCAGACGAUACGGGAGAUGAAGAAGAAGGACGCGCAGAAGGGCAAGGGAGUCACCAAGGAGGCCCAGGAGAUCUUUGAUGCUAUCUCAAGGACUCUUCCAACCCGGUGGGCCGACACCCAGAUCGUCGUUAAUGACGCCGUUCUCAUAUCGCCACCGUACACCCUUGAAAGCGCCAAAGCUAGUGCUGGUAGAGAGCAGAGCUUAGCUCAGGUCCGCAAGAUCAUGGAGAACUACCACCUGCGCAAGAAGGCGGUUGGGACGACGCGUGCGCCCGUCGCUACGCCGAUUGCCCCGCGGAAGGGGGGAUGA